UUUCCCCGUCCUGUCCCGUUUCCUCUUUCGCCCACUGCGGGCCUGGCGCGGUGCCCCCUGCCCUUUCACCGUCCCACGCGGGGUCUUGGCCAGUACCUAUGCCAGGCCGGGUCCCUGUUCCCCGGGUGAUGUGAUGCUACUCGACUGCCGCCGGGGACGCCGAGGCACAGAGAAGGCUCGGGCCGCGCCGGAGUCCACCCUGCCGGGGCUGAGUUGCUCCUAGUCGCCUGCCUUCUCCCAGGUGACCCGGAGGUAGCAUUCCCCGGAACCGCAGCUCCCCCUCGGUGGGAUGGGCGCAGCCGCGCCAGAUGGACGAGAACAUGAAGAAAGCAGAGGAGAUGGCCCUGAGCCUCACCCGGGCGGUGGCGGGCGGGGAUAAACAGGUGGCUAUGCAGUGCGCCAUCUGGCUGGCAGAGCAUCGGGUGCCCCUGAGUGUGCAACUGAAGCCCGAGGUUUCCCCGACGCAGGAUAUCAGGUUGUGGGUGAAUGUGGAGGACGCUCAGAUGCACACCGUCACCAUCUGGCUCAUGGUGCGCCCUGAUAUGACGGUGGCUUCCCUGAAGGACAUGGUAUUUCUAGACUACGGCUUCCCACCAGUCCUGCAGCAGUGGGUGAUUGGUCAGCGGUUGGCACGAGACCAGGAGACCCUGCACUCCCAUGGGGUGCGGCAGAAUGGGGACAGCGCCUACCUCUAUCUGCUGUCAGCCUGCAACACCUCCCUCAACCCUCAGGAGCUGCAGCGGGAGCGACAGUUGCGGAUGCUGGAAGAUCUGGGCUUUAAGGACCUUACGCUGCAGCCACGGGGCCCCCUGGAGCCAGCCCCUGCGAAGCCCGGGGCCCCCCAGGACCCAAGACCAGGGCAGCCAGAUGCGGCUCCCGAGCUCCCGCGGGUGGGCUGGCAGUGCCCCGGGUGCACCUUCAUCAACAAGCCCACGCGGCCCGGCUGCGAGAUGUGCUGCCGGGCGCGGCCCGAGGACUACCGGGUGCCCCCUUCAUACCAGCCUGACGAGGAGGAGCGAGCGCGCCUGGCCGGCGAGGAGGAGGCGCUGCGCCAGUACCAGCAGCGGAAGCAGCAGCAGCAGGAGGGAAACUACCGGCAGCUUGUCCAGCUGGACCAGAGGAGCCUGGUGCUGAACACCGAGCCCGCCGAGUGCCCUGUGUGCUACUCGGUGCUGGGGCCCGGCGAGGCCGUGGUGCUGCGGGAGUGUCUGCACACCUUCUGCAGGGAGUGCCUGCAGGGCACCAUCCGCAACAGCCAGGAGGCAGAGGUCUCCUGCCCCUUCAUUAACAACACCUACUCGUGCUCUGGCAAGCUGCUGGAGAGAGAGAUCCGGGCGCUCCUGACUCCCGAGGAUUACCAGCGGUUUCUGGACCUGGGCAUCUCCAUUGCUGAAAACCGUAGUGCCCUCAGCUACCACUGCAAGACCCCAGACUGCAAGGGAUGGUGCAUUGUUGAUGAUGAUGUCAACGAGUUCACGUGCCCCGUGUGUUUCCACGUCAACUGCCUGCUCUGUAAGGCCAUCCAUGAGCAGAUGAACUGCAAGGAGUAUCAGGACGACCUGGCCUUGCGGGCUCAGAAUGACGUGGCUGCCCGGCAGACAACGGAGAUGCUGAGGUUGAUGCUGCAGCAGGGCGAGGCCAUGCACUGCCCACAGUGCCAGAUCGUGGUGCAGAAGAAGGACGGCUGUGACUGGAUCCGCUGCACUGUCUGCCACACCGAGAUCUGCUGGGUCACCAAGGGCCCACGCUGGGGUCCUGGGGGCCCAGGAGACAUCAGCGGGGGCUGCCGCUGCCGGGUGGAUGGGAUUCCUUGCCACCCAAGUUGUCAGAACUGCCACUGACUGAGCUGAAGAUGGCCAAGUGCCCAGGCUGCUGUGGGGCAGGGCUGGGCUUGGGACUUUGGCUCUGUUUUCUGCCUUUGUGCUUAGUCGAGGCGGGGCCCUGCUGAGGCCAAGCCCCCUCAGCUGCGUGGAUGGCCUUGUUUGCUGUAGGUGUCACAGGGGCCCCACCUGAGCUGACUGCUGUCCGUGGUCUCAUCUGCCCCAGUGCCUUUGUCCUUUCUUUGGGACUUGCCAGCCAGACCUCUCAUCUCAUCUCUGCGACUCCACAUCUGCUUGACCCCAGCCUUAAACACAGCCCCUGGCCAGAGGCCUUGCUGGAUGGAACCUCUGUGAGCUUCCAUGUGACCCCACACUCCUCCCCCCACCACCCUCGUCUGCUGAACACCAAGCAUUCACAGCUUCACCCCUUCCCCUGUUGGCUCUCUGAGGUGACCUUUCUCUGCCUUUGCUGUUGGAGGCCCUGGGCCUCUUAGAACUGCUGCUAACCUGUUCGGAACCAAGAGGGAGACCGGGCAGUUUUGAAAGCACAGCCUAUCCAGUCCAGCUGCUACAUCUCCCUCUCUGCUGACUGUAUAUGUUAUUAAAACAAUUUUCUAGGACGGAA